AUGGGCACGGACAAUCUCUUUCUCGGUAUACAGAUUCAGCAUACCCCAACAGGCCUGUUUCUAUAUCAAGCACAUUAUGCCAAAGAGAUCCUUCACUCUUCUGGACUGGACUCACCAAUCAAUACUCUAAUCUCUCUGAAAGACUCUCGGCUGACCACAAACCAAUCUCUGUAUGAGAAUCCUACCUUUUACCGUCAGAUAGCAGGCUCCCUGCAAUAUCUCACUGUGACGAGGCCGGACAUUGCCCUUCGCCACCAAUCUGGCCAACUCACUCUCACAACAUAUGCAGACGCGGACUGGGCAUCUAGCAUAAAGGACAGAAAGUCCAUCACGGGAUUCUGCACAUACUUGGGUCCAAAUCUCAUAUUGUGGAGCGUAAAGAAACAAACCACUGUGGCCAAAUCCUCAACUGAAGCAGAAUACAGAGCUCUCGCCGCUACAACCUCCGACGUCAUAUGGCUACGUCGUCUCCUACACGACUUUCAUGCUCCGCAGUCUCAACCCACAGCGAUCUUCUGUUACAACAUAUCUGCCAUCGCACUCGGUAACAACCCUACCUUUCACGUCAGGACCAAGCACAUUGAAAUAGAUCACCACUUCAUCAGUGAUCACAUUUAA